UGAAGAACAUAGUCAUUAGCCUUUGAGACAACAAUAACUUACCAAAAUAAAGAAAGUGCAAAUUUAACGGCUACUUUAGUAGUAAUAAUUACUACAAAAUGGAGAGAAAGUCUCUCGAAGUCGAGUUUAUGGAUCACCAAAAACUUUCCUCUGCCGAUGGCUCUGUUACGGCGGUUGAUUCCGUUGGAGAAGAUGUUCAGGAGACCAAAGUCGUUUAUAGAGGCUGGAAAGUCAUGCCUUUCAUCAUUGGGAAUGAGACAUUUGAGAAGCUUGGGAUCAUUGGAACACUAUCAAACCUUCUGGUUUAUUUAACUGCUGUCUUCAACAUGAAGAGUAUCACAGCCGCAACAAUCAUCAAUGCCUUUGCUGGCACAGUCAACUUCGGAACUUUCGUCGCUGCUUUCCUUUGCGACACUUACUUUGGUCGAUACAAGACUCUUACCGUCUCGGUCCUUGCCUGUUUUCUUGGAUCACUUGCGAUACUAUUGACUGCUGCAGUGCCACAACUACAUCCAGCUCCAUGCGGAACAGCGAGCUCCUGUAGCGGGCCAAGUGGCGGCCAGAUAGCGUUUCUACUGAUGGGUCUUGGGAUUCUUGUAGUGGGAGCAGGAGGGAUUAGACCGUGCAAUCUAGCUUUCGGGGCUGAUCAGUUUAACCCGAAGAGCGGGUCAGGUAAAAGAGGGAUCGAUAGCUUCUUCAACUGGUACUUCUUCACGUUCACUUUCGCGCAGAUCUUGUCUCUGACCGUAGUUGUCUAUAUCCAGUCUAAUGUCAGUUGGACCAUCGGUUUAACCAUCCCGGUCGUUCUAAUGUUCUUGGCCUCCGUGAUUUUCUUUGCGGGUGCUAAGUUGUAUGUUAAGAUCGAAGCCUCGGGUAGUCCAUUGGCUAGUAUAGCUCAUGUUAUAACAGCUGCAAUCAAGAAACAGGGGUUAAAGUCAGUGGAACAGCCUUGGCUGAACCUUUACAACUACUACCCAUCAAAAUACGCAAACGCCAAGCUCAAAUACACCGACCAAUUCAGGUUUCUCGACAAGGCGGCAAUCAUGACUCCUGAAGACAAGUUGGAGGCUGAUGGUAAGCCUGUGAAUCCAUGGAAGCUAUGCACAAUGCAACAAGUUGAAGAAGUGAAGUGCAUCAUGAGAGUGCUUCCUAUAUGGUUUGCUUCAUCGAUCUAUUACUUAACCAUCACGCAACAACUGACUUAUCCUGUCUUCCAAGCCCUCCAGAGUGAUCGACGCUUAGGCUCCGGAGGUUUCGUGAUCCCGGCAGCCACCUAUGUUGUCUUCUUGAUGACUGGCAUGACACUCUUCAUCAUACUCUACGACCGUGUCUUGGUUCCUACCUUGAAAAGAAUAACCGGUAUAGAGACGGGUAUAACACUCUUACAGAGAAUCGGCACAGGGAUUUUCUUCGCAAUGUUAAGCUUAAUAGUCAGUGGUUUCGUAGAGGAACGUAGGCGGGAUUUAGCACUGACUAAACCGACACUCGGUUUAGCGCCAAGGAAGGGAGAAAUCUCCUCGAUGUCAGCUAUGUGGCUGAUCCCGCAGCUCGUGCUUGCUGGUAUAGCCGAAGCAUUUGGAGCUAUUGGACAGAUGGAGUUUUACUACAAGCAGUUCCCUGAGAACAUGAGGAGUUUCGCUGGUUCGAUCUUUUACGUAGGAGGAGGACUUUCCAGUUACAUCAGUAGCUUCUUGAUCACGACGGUUCACAGGAUGACGCAGAACUUGGCGGGUGGUAACUGGUUAGCUGAGGAUUUGAACAAAGGAAGAUUGGAUCACUUUUAUUUCUUGUUAGCUGGAAUAUUGGCAGUUAAUUUUGCUUACUUCUUGGUGAUGGCAAGAUGGUAUAGGUACAAAGGAAGUGAUGCUGAGGAGGCAAGUUAUGAAACCAAUGGAGAUAUCAUCAAAGAACAAGACAAGAACAAAGUCUGAUGAUCAUGUGUUUCUCUUCUUCUGGACUUUAAGUCUACACUCUUUGGAUUUUCUAGGAAUAAGCCAUGGAGAAAUGAUGUAAUCAUAUAUACUUGCUCUGGUUCCUUUCUCUUUUUUUUCUUCUGGUCAAUAUGUUAGAUCACAUCUCUUUCUUUCUAUCAACGUGGAGAAAAAGGGAGAUUAUAACAUCACAUGUAUUUGCAAAAUAAAAAAAAAUGGUUUGUA